CUCAAUUGAUUGCUUAUUUCCCCCUACAUUUUGUAUUGUUGCAUAUCCAUACAUAAUUUCAGUGAAAAAAUAUGUUAUUUUCAUUAAAAAAAAAUUAAAAUUCAUGCCUCCGAUUUAACGCGUGUAAGGCACAACUCGCCCUUUAUCCCGGAUAGAUAGACGCCGUCCUUUGGUAGAUUUCCCGCUCUUCUUCUCUAGCCGGGCCGGUGGGGUUUCACAAAACGGCGAGCUUAUCGAUUUCAGGAUUUCUUCUUCCCCCGGGGUUUCGCUUCGGCACACCUUCCUUCUCGAUAUCGAUGGGGGAGGUUGGAUCUGGCGAGAGGUUUAUUCUCAUCAGAGAGGAAAAUCGGCGCGGAGGAAACGGGGUUAGGGUUUGCUGACUGGCGCAUUAGGAUUUCGGCGCGGGAUGGCGGAGGUCGAUAGGAACGAUAUUCCCAGCGGCUUAAAUAGGAUCAGGACUCAGCGAGAUACAUCUGAUGAGCCCUCGAGCUCUGGCGGGGAUGAUUCACCGGCCAGGCCGGGCUUCUGGGGGGGUUUUGGCAGGGAUAGACUUCGGCUGCCGGUUCCUCGGGUUAAGACUGCGGGCGAUGGAGGCCAGAGGUCCGGAAGUGGGAAAGGACUCCGUAAAGGACGGAAGAUUUCUCGGUGGUUUACUUCUUAUUUAGCAUCAAAGGAUUCUAAUAAAUCUUCAAAAGGUACUUUUGACAGUGAGAUUUUGCAGGCAAAGAGGUCAAGUUAUCUUCUCAAAGAAAGGACUGAAGAGCAAUUGCUGCUGGAAUGUAACUUAAAGAAAAAAGCAUGUGGACCACAGAAAAGUUAUUCACAUGAAUUAGGAGCCAGAGGUGUCCCUCAACCUACACAGCCACGUGCGCGGAGUUACAGUGACUUGAAGGAGCUUUUGGUUUCAUUUCAUUCAAAGUUUGAGGCAGCUAAGGAAGUCGUGAAUGCUGACCUGGCUGCUUUUGCAGAAGAUGUUGCUGACGCUCUUGAGAAUGGCACUUUGUCAGCAGAGCAAGAAACGGCUGAGUAUCUCGUUGCGCUCUCUGAGAAGUGCAUGGAAAUGUCACCUCCUAGAUUCAGGGAUGAUUGUGAGGGGUUUGUUCAGGUUCUUGCUGAGAGGUGGCAGAAGUCCCAAGGGGGAUGUAUGAAGCAGCUCUUAACACGCAUGCUUUUCAUUCUAACACGCUGUAACAGGAUAUUGCAGUUCCAGAAAGAUGGUGACCCAAUUAAUGAGGAAUCUCUCAAUAGAUUCCAGCAGUGUAUUGAAAGUGUUCCUGCUUUUGACAGGAAAUGGGUUCUUAGUUCUCAGAAUACUUAUUUUGAUAUUAACAAUUUCCAGGAUGAUAGCCACACUAAGCAUGAAAGAGAGGAUUUUAACAAGAUCUCUGUCACCUCAUCAAAUAACCACACAACUUUGUCUAAUGCAUCCAUAUCAACUUUUACCGAGAGCAUUAACAGUGGAGAUGGUUUUCCACAGCCCCAAGGAAUUUAUGGCAGCAUUACUGAAAGGCUAUUGGGCAUUUGUAAUUCUGAUUUUCUUUAUGAGCAGGAAGGUUCUGAAGUUCCUGAUUUAGUAAUCUGCCGGAUCUGUGAAGAGAAGGUUCCAGCUUGUCAUUUGGAGACUCAUUCUUAUAUAUGUGCUUUUGCUGACAAGUGUGAACUUGAAGGCUUUGAUUUGGAUGAACGGCUAUUUAACAUUGCAGAUGUUUUGGAACAACUCCUAGAUUCUUACAAUCAAAGUGCUUAUGCAUCAUGCAGCAGCCCUGAAAUUUCAAGAAUCCAACAUGCUAGUUCUGUACCUGGGUUUGAAGUUUUAUCGCCCAAAUCGCAGGAUUCCCACCAAAAAAAUGAUUGGAUGUUUGAUGAUAUUCAUGAGAUGGAUACAGCAUCUAUUGACGAUCCUCUUACGCCUGUCUCUGGUCAUUGGAAGAGUCUUCUUGCUAUGAAGCUUGGAUCUUGUCUUCCAUCUUCAUCUAAUGGAAGUCCAACCCCAGCUUCCUCUGUCAAUACUCCUCGAACGACCCACUUUGACUUGUUUUGGUUAGAGCAUAACACCACCACAGAGCUUGAGGAUCUAAGUCAGAUGACUGAACUGGUUGAGAUAGCUCGCAAAGUUGCGCGAGUCAAUCUUGAAAGCGAUGGGGUCUUUGAGUAUCUGGAUAUGUGCUGGGAAGGUUUAUUGGAUAUUCUUCAAAACAAACCUAAAGCACUUGUUCUAGACACUUUUGGAAGGCACAUCAGAAACUUGCUGAGGGAGAAGUAUUUACUGGCUAUGAAGUUAGGGGAUGAAAAUAGAUUGAACGGCAUUAUCCAAACUGAAGCUGAUGGGCAUGUCCCCAGAAAUGCAUCUGAAAAGAAAAUAUCACCCCCUUUGCAACUCUCACACAAGGAGAGGAUUGGAAUUGAUGACUUUGAUCUUAUUAAACCUAUCAGCAGAGGGGCUUUUGGCAGAGUUUAUCUUGCAAGGAAACGUCGGACAGGAGAUCUGUUUGCAAUAAAGGUUUUGAAGAAGUUGGCUAUGAUACGGAAGAAUGAUGUUGAGCGUAUAGUGGCCGAACGUAACAUUUUGAUCACUGUCAGAAAUCCAUUUGUGGUGAGAUUCUACUACUCGUUCACAUGUAGAGAAAACCUUUAUCUUGUUAUGGAGUACCUAAAUGGAGGUGAUCUGUAUUCUCUACUUCGUAAAGUUGGUUGCUUAGAUGAAGAUAUUGUUCGCAUUUAUAUAGCAGAACUGGUUCUUGCAUUAGAUUAUUUGCAUUCACUUGGAAUUAUACAUCGUGAUUUAAAGCCGGACAACAUACUCAUAGCUAAUGAUGGACACAUCAAGCUUACAGAUUUUGGAAUGUCAAAGAUUGGACUAAUCAAUAGUGCCAUCCACAUGUCGACUACAAUAUCAGGACCAGCUCCAUUGGAUUCCUCAGAAAGCACUCAACAGGGUAGAAGAGAGAGUCAGGGUUCUGCUGUUGGGACACCUGAUUAUUUGGCCCCUGAAAUUCUUCUUGGAGCCGGACAUGAUUAUGCUGCAGACUGGUGGUCAGUGGGAGUUAUCUUAUUUGAGCUUAUAACUGGGAUCCCACCUUUCACAGCUAGGCUCCCUGAGAUGAUCUUUGACAACAUUUUAAAUAGAAAAAUUCCAUGGCCUCACAUUCCUGAUGAUAUGUCGCCGGAGGCCAACGAUUUAAUUGAAAGAUUACUUGUUCAAGAGCCAGCCCUACGUCUAGGUGCUAAAGGUGCAUCCGAGGUGAAGGCACAUCCUUUUUUUAAAGAAAUUGAUUGGGAGAAUCUAACACUGCAGAAGGCCGCUUUUAUACCACAUCCUGAAGGUGAAGAUGAUACAAGUUAUUUUAUAUCACGAAAUCCACCCAUUUCUUGCCAAAUGGAAGACAACGGAAGUUCCAGUUGCUGUAUCUCAAAUGCAUACAAUUCUAACUUCGACAAGGAUCCUGAGACCAAUGUUGGAGAAGAAAAUGAAAAGAAGUUUGAUCCACAAGUUAGAGUAGAUUUUACCUCUCUCAAUUUUUCAUUUAAGAAUCGUUCACAGUUGGCUUCAAUGAAUUUUGAUGUUCUCGUUCAAAACGGGAAAGCUUCCAAGGGCUAAUGUCAGGUCAAAGGUGAAUGCAGAUGAUGAAAAGGAGCACGGUUUGCAGGCCGGUUGCAUUUCCAACUCCCCUCAUUGACAUUUUUAAGCAGUUCUAAAGUUGAAUUAAGGAGAAAGAAAGUGGUAGCAUCUUUGUGAAUAUUAAGUUUUUUUGUUACUUACACAAGCCAGGUAUACCAUGUACAUAAAGCACCUCACCCAAAUCAAACUAGUUUGCAGAAACUACAGGUUCUUAGAAAUGUGCGCUGAAUCAAUUUAGGGUUCACAUAGUGCAGAAUUACAUUUCAUGUUCGAUGAACACCAAAAGAAACAGCUUUGGUAGGUUUUUUUUUUUCUUUUAUUAAAAAUGUGCCAUCGCAUGUCCUUUUUUUUUUUUUUUUUUUUUUUUGUACGGUGUAAGAAAUUUGACCUUUAAUCAUGAUGAAAAGAUG